CUGCCUGAACAAAGCAGCAAACACAAACCUUUUUGGUCUCGCUGCAACCAGGAAAUUAAUCAAAGGCUGAGCCAAGACGUGUGAGAGCAGCAGGGUGACAUGAAGAGACAUGAAGAAGAGGACACUGCUCCCUUUCAGGGCAUGACACAAAACAUGUUUCUGCUGUGCUGCAAGUAGAUCUUCUUGCUCUGUUGACCUUGAGAACGUAGGACUGGUUUGCUGCUCAGAUAAAUGCUGACAAUAGUUAAAUAAGAUAGGAUGCACACUUUUCAGAUCAAGCCGAGGACUCGCAAAGAUCAUCGUAUAGACGACAAAUGUCAGAGCGAACGCCCUAAAACCUGAAAAACUCCACCCAUCUUCUGCUUAGAGACUUCCACACCUCGUGGCACUCCACUGAUCAUCACACCCCAACACACAGAGACACAAACUUUUGAGACACUUUGACUUCACGUUGCUUUCAAACACACACAAGUGACAUAAUGUCAGGAGCCUCUAAGAGCCCCAAGCUGAGCUCCCAGUUUCCUACCAGGGAAGACCUGCGGCUGCAGGAGAAGGCCAGUAAAAGACUGCAAAAGCUAAAGGAACUGUGCACAAAUGCCCGUCUGGGCCUGAAGAACAGCCCUCCGUACCUGCCUGAGCUGGUUCGAGAGACUGCCACGCUCCUCUCACAGGUCUGGGAGCCUUACAAGGGCCUGGGACCGUCAGCAGGCCUGCUGCCACGGGGAGAUGAGGCCAAGUAUCUGAGAGUCCACAUCAAAAACCUGCUGGAUAAGACGGACCGGGCCGUGCUGCUCUUUAAAGAUGGAAAAGAGAGGAUGUUUGACGAGACAUCGAGUCACAGGAGGAAUCUGACCAAGCUGUCGCUGCUGUUCAGCCACAUGCUCUGGGAGCUGAAGGCCAUGUUUCCAGGGGGAUAUUUUCAAGGUGACACUUUUAAGGUGGCUAAGCCUGAGGCAGAUCAGUUCUGGAGGAAAUCCUUUGACAACAUGUGCGUAGUUCAAUGGAAAAUCUUCAAAGAGAAGCUGAAAAGCAUCCAUCCAUUUGAGGAAGGGAUGGAGUCCAUGGCGCUCAAAUCAACAAUUGAUCUCACCUGUAAUGAUCACAUCUCGGUGUUUGAGUUUGACACUUUCAUACGACUGUUCCAGCCCUGGAGGUCUCUUAUUAGGAACUGGAACCAGCUAGCGGUGACCCAUCCAGGGUACAUGGCCUUCCUCACGUAUGACCAGGUUGUAGCUCGGCUGGAGCAUUGCCUUCACAAACCUGGCAGCUACAUCUUCCGUCUGAGCUGCACAAGAAUGGGUCAGUGGGCAAUCGGCCACGUGACCUCUGAAGGACACAUCAUCCAGACCAUUCCUCAGAACAAACCUCUCUGCAAAGCACUUAUUCAGGGCUUCAAGGAGGGCUGCUACAUGUACCCAGAUGGACGGGAUUUGAACCCUCGCCUGACGGGUUUGUGUGAACCUUCUAGCAGGGAGAAAGUCACAGUAACAGAGGAGCAGUAUGAGCUUUACUGUGAGAUCGGCAGCACCUUCCAGCUGUGCAAGAUCUGCACAGAGAGGGACAAAGACAUUAAGAUUCAGCCCUGUGGACACCUCCUAUGUCGACCGUGUCUCACAGGCUGGCAGUUGAAGUCAGCGGGUCAAACCUGCCCGUAUUGUCGCUGCAACAUCAGAGGAACAGAGGCAGUCCUCGUUGAGCCCUACCUGAAACACAGCCAUCAGUGGGAGGAGGGAGAAGGUGAUGACAGCGACGAAGAAGACCACGAAGACAUCGAAGUGGUGAUAAAGGAAAUUGCUGCCAUGAGAAAGGUUUCAGCUCCUCUGCCCCACUGGGAGGGUUCAAACACCUCCAUCAUCUGCUGCAGACUGUGGCGGGGUGCUGCGGGCGCUCUCCCCGCCGGCUGGGAGGGUUUGAAACACUGCCAUCCUCUGCUGGAGACCGUGGUGCGCUGCUGUGCCCUGAUUGUUUAUUCUGUCAAUGUUACCGGUACUUGUCUUGCAAUGUGAAACACUUGGUCUCAGAUUUUGUAAGAAAAAUAAUAAAAUUUCCCCCAAAAAUGUGACUUACAGUCCAGUGCGUCUUAUAUAUGUAUUUUUCUUCUUCAUUAUACAUUUUAUGGCUGGUGCGACUUCUACUCUGGAAAAUACGGUACUGUAUGAGUUGCUCAAUCCUAACAGAUUGGAUUUCAGUCAUCUGAAAUUAUUCAUAUCUUAAAUAUUUCAAGAUAGUUUAAUAGAAACCUGUGUUAUGGAUUUACUGUUGGCAUCAUUGUACUGAUGGUGCCACAACAUACCAUACCAUACCAUACCAUACCAUACCAUACCAUACUUUACCUUACCAAAUCAUGCUUUACCUUACCUUACCAAGCCAUACCAUCUAUCCUCCAUCAAUUUUCAUCCGCUUAUCCGGAGUCGGGUCGCGGGGGCAAUAGCCUAAGUCGAGAGGCCCAGACUUCCCUCUCCCCAGCCACUUGGGCCAGCUCCUCCGAGGGAAUUCCAAGGCAUUCCCUGGCCAGGUGAGAGACAUAGUCCCUCCACCGUGUCCUGGGUCUACCUUUAGUUCUCCUCCCGGUUGGACAUGCCCAGAAAAGCUCACCAGGGAGGCGCCCAGGAGGCAUCCUGACCAGAUGCCCGAGCCACCUCAACUGGCUCCUCUCGAUGUGGAGGAGCAGCGGGUCUACUCCAAGCCCCUCUCGAAUGACAGAGCUUCUCACCUUAUCUCUGAGGGAGGGCCCAGCCACUCUUCGGACAAAACUCAUAUCGGCCGCUUGUAUCCGCGAUCUCGUUCUUUUGGUCACUACCCAAAGCUCAUGACCAUAGGUGAGGGUAGAAAAGUAGAUCGACCGGUAAAUCGAGAGCUUCGCCUUCUGACUCAGCUCUCUCUUCACCACGACAGACCGGUACAACGCCCGCAUCACUGCAGAUGCAGCGCCAAUCCACCUAUCGAUCUCACUCUCCAGUUUUCCCUCACUCAUGAACAAGACCCCGAGAUACUUAAACUCCUCCACUUGGGGCAGGACCUCAUCCCUGACCCGAAGAAGGCGUUCUACCCUUUUCCGAAUCAAGACCAUGGUCUCAGAUUUAGAGGAGCUGAUUCUCAUCCCAGCUGCUUCACACUCAGCUGGAAUCGCUCCAGCGAAAGCUGAAGAUCACGUUCUGAUGAAGCCAACAGGACCACAUCAUCAGCAAAAAGCCGAGACCUGAUCCUCAGGCCACCAAAAUGGAUGCCCUCCACACCUUGGCUUUGCCUAGAAAUCCUGUCCAUAAAGGUUAUGAACAGAAUCGGUGACAAAGGGCAGCCUUGGCGGAGUCCAACUCUCACUGGGAACGAGCCCAACUUACUGCCGGCAAUGCGGACCAAGCUCUGACGCCGGUCAUACAGGGACCUAACAGCCCGUAUCAGAGGGCCUGGUAACCCAUACUCCCGGACUAUCCCCACAGGCCCCCCGAGGGACGCAGUCAAAUGCCUUCUCCAAAUCCACAAAACACAUGUAGACCGGUUGGGCAAAUUCCCAAGCACCCUCCAGGAUCCCCCUAAGGGUAUAGAGCUGGUCCAGUGUUCCACGGCCUGAACGAAAACCACAUUGCUCCUCCUGAAUCUGAGGUUCAACAAUCCGACGGACCCUCCUCUCCAGAGUCCCUGAAUAGAUCUUACCAGGAAGGCUCAGGAGUGUGAUCCCCCUGUAGUUGGAACACACCCUGCGGUCCCCCUUUUCAAAUAAAGGGACCACCACCCCGGUCUGCCAGUCUAGUGGGACUGCCCCCGAUGUCCACGCGGUAUUGCAGAGCCGCAUCAGCCAACACAGCCCCACAACAUCCAGAUCCUUAAGAAAAUCUGGGCGGAUCUCAUCCACCCCUGGAGCCUUGCCACAGAGGAGCUUUUAAACCACCUCAGUGACCUCAGCACCAGAGAUUUGAGAGGCCAACCCAAAGUCCCCAGACUCUGCUUCCUCACUGGAAGACGUGUCGGUGGGAUUGAGGAGGUCUUCAAAGUAUUCUGCCCACCGAUCCACCCCGAUCCUGAGUAGAGGUCAGCAUGUCUGAACAUGGUGUUCAUUAUGGACAAUCCAUGACAUGCACAGAAGUCCAAUAACAAAACACCGCUCAAUGCCAUACCAUAUAAAUUCAAAACCUUGAUUGGAAAUCAGUUGAAGAUAAAGUUUGCCUAAUGAAAAAGAAGCUCUUUCCAGAACUUAAAAGAGAAAUUUAGAAGCUAUCAAUCAAGUUUUAACACAAAUCCUAAAAUCAACAGGUAACCAGUUCAAAGAGGCCAACACUGGCGUAGCGAUCUAAAUUUUUCUUUCUUUUGCGGUGAAAAAAAUUAUCUUAACAGCUGCGGUCAACGAAUUGAUCAAAACAUGGUUUACUGGUUAUACCCAUACUGGGAGAGACAGAUGUUGUACAUCUGAGAACAGCAUGUAUGUCUGCUCUGACUUCAUGGAGGGAAAAGAAAAAAAAAGGGGGCGGGGAAAAAAAACUUGUAACCAGAUUUCUCAAAAACACAACAAGUCCUACCUGCCAUAGACAAAGAAGACAGACACACCUCUUACUUUUUGAAGCAAAGCCUCUGGAAAAAGAUAAAAUCUGUAGUUAUAGCCAUCAUAAACCAGAGCAACAUUUAUAGCCUUCGUAAAACCCAAACCUCUCUGAAAACACAAGUUGUCUUUACUGCAAAUUUGUAAAUUACUAAACAAGUGAAAACUGUUCAAUGUAUUCUUUUUGCUAUCACACCUGCUUAUUACCAGCAACCACCCCGCCACAUUUCCACCCACACUUGGGUUCCAGGGCCACUCCCAAAUAGAAUAGUACUACAGUAAUCAAGACGCAAGGUUAUAAAACCAUGAAUGACUAUUUAAGUCUUUCUAGGAAACAAAAGACGUAACCUUUGACUGACGUCUAAGAUUGUGAAAUGCAGAAGACACCAACCCGUUGACGUAACUAUCAAAGUUCAGAGCAGAAUCACGUUUUACUGCAAGGUUGACCACAUCAUUUCCAAGAAGAAGUAUAAGCGUAGCAAGGUCAACACACAGUAUCUUGCCCCAAACAGAGCUCCAGCAAAGCCAGAUUUUGUUGUAAGGAACAUAAUAUUAAUAAUAAAAUAUAAUAAAAUGUAACACAAUAUAGAUGCUUGCUUGAAUUGCUGCAAAAAGAUUUGGGUUUUGAGUUAUUUUGGAAGAUUAAAGCUUUCGGUUUCUUGUUUCUUCUAGUAUUUAGUACCUUUUCCUCUCCAAAAUGUAUUUGGAGGUAAGAUUCUUACUACAACAUACUUUGAAGAACAAUGCUUCAAAAAUGAACUAUCUGUUUUAAUCCAAUCAAGUUGGCCACGUUAGCAUUGAAGUUUCCUGGGGCGACAGUGGCACAGGAGUUAAGUGCUCACCCCGUAAUCUGUCUUUUUAUUAUAUUUUAAAUGCUAAAUUUAAAUCAGAAGGUUGCAGGUUCGAGUCCCGCUCAUUCUGUCGCUGUCGUUGUGUCCUUGAGCAAGACACUUAACCCACGUUGCCUGCUGGUGGUGGUCGGAGGGACCGGUGGCGCCAGCGCUCGGCAGCCUCGCCUCUGUCAGUACGCCCCAGGGCAGCUGUGGCUACAUCGUAGUUCAUCCCCACCAGUGUGUGAAUGGGUGAAUGACUGAUGGUGUUGUAAAGCGCCUUGGGGGGUUCCAGAACUCUAGAAGGCGCUAUAUCAAAUACAGAGAGAAAAUACAGAGAAAAAACAAGAUGAAGAAAAUAUCAUUUCUAUAGCGCCUCUCAAGAUAAAAAUCACGAGGCGCUUCACAAAAACAAAAAUUGUAAAAAUAUAAAAAAGCAUUUAGAAAAUGUUUAAAAAUAUAUUUAAAAUAAGCAAAAAUAGGCAAUUGGGAUUUAAAAAAAUGUUAAGAGAGAGAGAGAGUGAACAGGAAAGAGGGAAAUCAGUGGAUCCUGAGGAAGGUGGAAUAGGUGGGGAGAGCAGAAUAAAGAGAGAGAGGUGAAGAAGGUCAUACAAAAGCCAGCUUGAACAAGUGAGUCUUCAGCUGCUUUCAAAAGGAGACCACUGAGUCCACUGAUGUCAGGCUCAGGGGGAGAGAGGUCCAGAGUCUGGGGGCCACAGCAGCAAAUUAUCUGUCACCUUUGACCUUUAGCCUGGUGCUGCACAACCAGUAGGCUUUGAUCACUGGACCUCAGGGACCUGCUGGGGGUGUAGGGACUAAGAAGAUCACCAAUGUAAGAUGGUGCUUGUCCAUGUAAGGCCCUAUAGACCAGAACCAGGAUCUUGAAAUGAACCCUGAAGUUGACUGGCAGCCAGUGAAGCUGGAGGAGAAGCGGGGUGAUGUGGGUGUGUUUGGGAGUUAAAAGCACCUCAUAUCUUUGCAAAGUAAGCUAGUGACGUUUAAAUUGUUUAAAAUAUUAUUUCUUUGAAUUCAUCUGUAAAAUGUUACAAACGUUUUUUGAACAGUUCUCGAGUUUGGACUACCAGGUACCCAUCUCUCACAUCAGAGCUCCUCCUCUACAUCGUAAAAGUGUCGGUGCUCCACAGUUCCCGUCUUCCACCGGCCAAUCUCAAACAUCAGAAACUAACUCGCAUGCUAGUUUAGCCCGCUUCCAAGCUGUACGUGACAAUAGCUUCUCAGAAUAUUGUUGUUACUGUUUAUCUCUAUGACGCGUUUCUUGAUUUGAUAGUUGUGACCUGUUUUUG